AUGAGAAACAGGGGAGUUAUUUGGCUGAGGAUUCGGAUAAGUACUAUUAUGAUGGUUGCUGGAUUGAAAGUGGUCUCCUGUAACGGUUGCCGUUGGAGGGUAAGGCGGAUGAAAGUUGAGAAUUAUAAUCUUGAUUUCCUACGAGAUUUAGAUUUGAAAAAUGGGCUAGGGAGAAACAGGGGAAGCAUUUUCAGGCAGGAAAGGAGGAUUUGGAUUGGACUUCAAAGCACAGUGGAUAUGAAGGUCAAAAUCGCAUUCAGAACAGCAAUAAGAGAAGCCAUUUCCGAUGAGAUCACAAGUGUUGCAGUAGAAGGAAUUGGAUGGAUAAGUUGGGUAUGGGACUAA